AUGCUCUACGUAGUCGGUCUUGGACUAGCCGAUGAAAAGGAUGUCACUGUGAAAGGGCUUGAGGCAAUCAAGAAAUGUGAACGCGUUUAUUUGGAAGCUUAUACGAGCAUACUGCUAGUCGAGAAAACUAUAUUAGAAGAGUUUUAUGGCAAGCCUAUCGUCAUUGCCGACAGAGAAAUGGUUGAAUCCGAAGCAGACACCAUACUGGACGGUGCAGACAAGAUCGAUGUAGCUUUUCUCGUAGUAGGAGAUCCAUUUGGUGCCACGACACACACUGAUCUCAUGUUACGGGCACGUGAAAGGAACAUACCGACAAUGGCUAUACACAAUGCGUCGAUAAUGAACGCUGUAGGAGCAUGUGGACUACAGCUAUACAACUAUGGAGCAACUGUUUCGAUUGUAUACUUCCAAGACGACUGGAGGCCAGACUCGUUCUAUGAAAAGAUCAAGGGCAAUCAAAGUUUGGGACUACAUACAUUGUGUUUGCUGGAUAUCAAGGUCAAGGAGCAGAGUAUAGAGAAUAUGGCUAGAGGACGCAAGAUAUACGAACCACCACGAUACAUGUCUGUGAAUCUCGCGGUUGCUCAACUUUUAGAGAUUGAAGAAAAGAGGGGUGAGGGUGUUUGUGGAGCAAACACCAUAGCAGUCGGACUCGCACGUGUAGGAGCGUCCAACCAACGCAUCGUAUCAGGUACCCUGUCAGAGUUAUUGAAUGCCGACUUUGGACCUCCUUUACAUUCACUCGUCCUUGCUGGGAAUAUGCACUUUUUGGAAGCAGAUGCUUUGAAAGUGUUCGCUCUGAACGUCAAGUCUAUUGACGAGCACGGUCACAUACAUCAUUAG